UUUCAUCACUGUUUGUUGAAGGUUUAAGAUUGAAGGAUUCACAUAUAAAUUCCAAAAAUGGCAGCAGAACAAGAAAUGCCCACAUUCAAAUGUGUUUUGGUUGGUGAUGGAGGUACUGGAAAGACAACCUUUGUGAAGCGUCACUUGACUGGUGAAUUCGAAAAAAAAUACGUAGCCACACUUGGUGUUGAAGUACAUCCUUUGGUGUUCCACACAACUAGAGGACCCAUACGUUUCAAUGUGUGGGAUACAGCUGGUCAAGAAAAAUUUGGUGGUCUCCGUGACGGUUAUUACAUCCAAGGACAAUGUGCCAUAAUUAUGUUCGAUGUUACAUCAAGAGUUACCUAUAAGAAUGUCCCCAACUGGCAUCGUGAUUUGAUCAGAGUUUGUGAAAAUAUCCCAAUUGUGUUAUGUGGUAACAAAGUUGAUAUUAAGGACAGAAAGGUCAAAGCCAAGAGCAUUGUUUUCCACAGGAAGAAGAAUCUUCAGUAUUACGAUAUCUCUGCCAAAUCAAACUAUAACUUUGAAAAACCCUUCUUAUGGUUGGCGAGAAAACUCAUUGGAGACUCCAACCUAGGCUUUGUCGCUUCACCCGCCUUGGUACCUCCAGAAGUCACGAUGGAUCCACAAUGGCAACAACAAAUCGAAAAGGAUCUCAAAGAGGCUUAAGAAACAGCCCUUCCCGAAGAUGAUGAGGAUCUAUGAGCGAGCCUCUGUGUAUCUAAGUGAUAUAUACCUUUAAUUUUUUAACUAUUUUUAUUUUGACCUUGUAAUGAAUGAGCUAAGUGUGUGCUUAUUUAUCCAAAAUUUGUUGAAUAGUAAUGUUAACACGAGAGUAAAUGAAUGUCGUUAAAUGAAA